GAAGAAGAAAAUUCACAAAUCAAGAAAGAAUGUUGGUUCUUUAAUGGGAGUGGAGUAACGAUUCUCAUUCGUCUCUGCCCAGUAGCUACUUUGAUUCCAAACACCCAACAACUCCAUGUUCUAAGACGAGGAGGAAGAUGGGUUUUGCAUUUUAGACCUCUUAAACCCUUGAAUUUACCAAACAUGCCACUCCAUUUUUUCUUCUCCUUCUUCUUGCUGCUAUCUGCAACUCUUUCUGGGUUGGGGUUCCCUUUCAAUAACGCCGGAAAUUCUACCUUUUCUGCCCUUCUUCAGCUUCAAGAGGACGACAUGGCUUCGCUCCUGCUGUUCAAAUCGCAGCUUCAAGACCCGUUUCACAGCCUGUCGAGCUGGGAGGACGGCGGGUUCAACUGGACCGGUGUCACCCGGUCUAAUCAGACCGGAAGAGUCACCAUCCUCGACCUCACCGGCCUCAACUUGUCAGGCCAGGUUCAUUCCUCUCUAUGCAAUCUUACAUUUCUGGAAACCCUUUUGCUGUCUCGCAAUAGCUUCAGUGGUUCGAUUCCCGCGUGUUUUGGUGAGUUGUUGAAUCUCAGGACUUUAGAUCUCAGCUAUAAUGCGUUUUCCGGUGAAAUUCCCGGCGCGCUUGAGAAUUUGAGCCAGUUGAUUGAUCUCGACGUCGGGAAUAACAUGUUGAGCGGUGAAAUCCCGGUGUGGAUGGGGAAUUUUUCGACCAAACUGGAGAAGCUUAGUUUAGGUUUCAAUGGCUUUCGCGGGGAGAUACCGGAGAGCCUCUUGUUAUUGGCGUCGUUGAAGUUGUUGGAUUUAGCACACAAUAAUUUGGUGGGGAAAGUGGGCGAUUUUCGCCAAGGAAUGGAGUAUUUGAACCUUGAGUCUAAUGGCUUCUCUGGUACUUUGCCUUGUUUCUCUUCUCUGAAAGACUCUCUUUCAGUCCUUAAUUUAGCUAAUAACUCUCUUGUGGGAGGGAUUCCGACUUGUAUCUCUAGCCUUAGAGGAUUGACACAGCUGAAUUUGUCGUUUAAUGGGUUGAGAUAUGGGAUUUCUCCCAGGUUUGUGUUCUCGGAGAAGUUGAUUGUGUUGGACCUGAGUUUCAAUGAGCUGUCUGGCAAUCUUCCAAGCAAGGUUGUUGAGGCGCCUGAGAAGUCGGGGCUUUUGCUGCUAGACUUGUCACACAAUCGAUUCUCGGGUGUUAUUCCCGUGGCAAUCACUGAAUUGAAGAGCCUGCAGGGGUUGUUUCUUUCGUACAAUUGUCUUACUGGGGAGAUACCCGAGAGGAUUGGGAACUUGACCUAUCUGCAGGUGAUUGAUCUGUCGCAUAACCUGCUCUCAGGUUCAAUCCCUUUGAACAUUGUUGGCUGUUUCCAGCUGCUCGCUCUGAUGCUGAACAGCAACAAUCUUUCGGGUGAAAUUCAGCCGGAGCUUGAUGCGUUGGAUAGUUUGAAGAUACUUGAUAUAAGCAACAACGGGAUUUCUGGGGAGAUCCCACUGACUUUGGCGGGGUGUAAGUCUUUGGAAGUGGUGGAUUUCAGUUCCAACAGUCUCUCGGGGUCUCUUAGUGAUGCGAUUACCAAAUGGUCUAACCUGAGAUAUCUCUCCCUUUCUCAGAACAAGUUCAGUGGAGCUCUUCCUAGCUGGUUAUUCGCGUUUCCAGGGAUCAACACCCUGGACUUUUCUGGCAACAAGUUCUCUGGCUAUAUUCCCGAUGUUAACUCUAACACUAGUUUGAAUUUCAACAACAAUGAUGUUGGGAGACGUUUCCUUUCAACACCGUUGAUUUCAUUCCGUGAGCUAAGUAUAAAGACUUCUGUGAUUGUAGCUGACAAAACUGAAUUGAGCUUCAACUACGACCUCUCAACCGUAAUUGGAAUUGAUCUCUCGGGUAAUUUGCUGCACGGUGAAAUCCCAGAGAGCCUAUUCGACCUGCGUGGUUUGGAGUACUUGAAUUUGUCACGUAAUUUUCUUGAUGGUCAAGUUCCGGGAAGCUUAGGGAGGAUGCAGAAUUUAAAGGCCCUGGAUUUGUCACACAAUUCCUUAUCUGGUCAAAUUCCUGAAAAUAUAUCCAGCCUUGGGAAUUUGACAAUUUUGAACCUGUCGUUUAACUGUUUCUCUGGAAUUGUUCCUCGUAAGCAGGGGUACUGGAGAUUCCCAGGAGCGUUUGCUGGCAACCCAGACCUGUGUGUGGAGUCACCCAGUGACGGGUGUAGGACAAAAAACUUUGCAGUGAAACAUGGGAGAACGUUUGAAGACAUGGACGACGGUCCAAUCUCAGUUUGGGUCUUCUGCAUUAGUGCUUUUGUAAGUUUUUAUGGUUGUGUCAUCGCCCUUUUCUGUUCAGCCCGAACGAGAAACUACAUUCUGCAGACAAAAAUCUAAUGUAUUACACGCCCAUGAGAAUGGUAACAUUUGCUGUACAGUAACUUAAUUCUGAUAUCUAAUUUGAAGUUCUUGCUUCAUCAAGUAACCCUUCUUGUGGCUGAUCUUCAUCUGCACAAUUUCUUGCAUCAAAGAAAAUGAUACUUUGAUCAACUGUGUAAUUUCUGAUGUGAAAUAUGAGCACUGAAGCCUUUAUUUGUUGAA